AUGAUGAAUAAAAACACUCUCGAGCCCACGAAUUCAUUAGUUGGUCCAAUGCUUACUGACCUCUACCAGAUCACCAUGGUUUACGCUUAUUGGAAAGUAGGACGUCAUAAUGAUCACGCAGUAUUUGAUCUUUUUUUCCGUAAAAAUCCUUUUCAUGGAGAAUACACGGUGUUUGCUGGUCUAGAAGAGGCACUUGGUAUGAUUAAUACCUUCAAGUUUACAGUCAGCGACAUUGUGUACCUACGGGAGGUGCUUCCUCAUGCUGAAGAUGGUUUUUUUGACUGGCUCUCAACGCUCGACUGCUCUAGUGUCAAGGUGUAUGCUUUGAAGGAAGGGUCGAUUGUCUUUCCUCGGAUCCCAUUGCUGCGCAUUGAAGGCAGUUUGGCAGUAGGACAGCUGUUGGAGACGCCACUACUGAACCUGUUGAACUUUGCCAGUCUCAUCACGACCAAUGCCACACGGUUCAAAAAGGCAGCAGGACCUGAUAAGAAACUACUGGAAUUUGGUCUGCGUCGUGCACAAGGUCCAGAUGGUGGACUUAGUGCCUCGAGAUACGCGUACAUGGCUGGAUUUGGAGGCACGAGCAACGUGCUGGCUGGCAAGCUUCAUAAUAUUCCUAUUAUGGGCACUCACGCACAUGCCUUUGUACAAGCGCACACAACGCUGGAUGAUGUUAAAGUGACGAUGCUGAGCGGCAAAAACUUUCUUGAUGUUGUGCUAAAGUAUCGCAAUGAGCUUGGCCACACACAGACGAACGAUGGGGAGCUUGCCGCCUUCAUCGCGUAUGCAAUUGCCUUUCCCGAUGCGUUCUUGGCUCUGGUGGACACUUACGACACGCUAUCGUCUGGUGUGCCGAAUUUCAUCUGCGUCGCGCUAGCGUUGCACGAGCUGGGCCACCGUCCCGUCGGCAUUCGUCUGGAUAGCGGUGAUUUGUCUUACUUGUCGAAGCGCUGUCGUGAAGCGUUCAUUAUUGCUGGCGAGCGCUACAGCAUCGACUAUUUCAAGGAGCUGAACAUUACCGCUAGCAACGAUAUUAACGAGGCGGUGCUCAACUCUUUGAACGAGCAGCGCCACGAGAUUAACUCCUACGGCAUCGGCACGCAUCUGGUGACAUGCCAGGCCCAGCCAGCGCUUGGAAUGGUGUACAAGCUCGUGGAAAUUAACAAUCAACCGCGUAUUAAGCUUUCCCAAGACGUUAGCAAGGUGACAAUUCCUGGCCGUAAGGAAGCCUACCGCUUAAUCGGCACGAAUGGUAAGCCGCUACUGGAUGUGAUGACUGGCGUCAACGAGAAUGCGCCUGAAGUCGGCAAAAAAAUGUUGUGUCGGAAUCCAUUUGACGAGCUUCGACGUGCAUACGUGACGCCGUCCCAGGUCAUCCCCUUGCACAGCCUGUUCUGGGAUGGACCGAAUGGAGGUAUCGUGGGCGAGCUGCCCACUCUGGAAGACCGGCGUCAGUACGUCACGGAGCAGUUUGAGCUAAUCCGCGAGGACGUGAUACGGUCGCUCAAUCCGACGCCGUACAAGGUUUCAGUGUCGAACGAGCUGUACGAGUUCAUCCACGACCUGUGGAUGAGAGAUUUCCCUGUACAGGAGCUCGACUAA